UGCAGUUUCGGAGCAGCAGCCGCUUCAGCAGCAAGAUGGCGAGAUCCCGUCCUGCUUUCCCUCUCCUCCCUCCUGCUGGUCCUCUCCUGGCCCUACUGGCUCUGAUCUCAGCCCUGUGCUGCUGCAGCGUCUCCGUGGUGCUGAGAACCAGCGACGAGUCGCCCUGGACGGACGAGUUCGACAACGUGGAGUUGACGUGUCUCAUCGAGUCCAUCUCCACCAAAACCCCCCGGAUCGAGUGGAAGAAGCUGACGAGAGACGGACCGAGCUACGUCUUCUUCGACGGAAAGAUCUCAGGUGACCUGGAGCAGCGAGCCGUCAUCAGGGACCCGGCCACACUCUUCAUCACCAACGCCACGCGCUCCGACACGGCGCGCUACCGCUGCGAGGUGACGGCGGCCGACGACCUCAAGUCCUUUGACGAGAUCGUCAUCGACCUGGUGGUGAGAGUGAAGCCGGUGGCUCCAAAGUGCAGCGUUCCCAAGUCGGUGCCGUUCGGGAAAUCAGCGGAACUUCGAUGUUUGGAGGAGGAAGGAUUUCCCAAGUCCCAGUACACAUGGUUCAAGGACCGGGAGGAAGUCCCCGACGACCCGAGGGCCAACCCGCGGUUCCUGAACGCCUCGUACUCGCUGAGCGCCGACACCGGGACGCUGAAGUUCCUGGCCGUGAGGAAGGAGGAUGCAGGCGACUACUUCUGCCGAGCCAAGAACGACGCCGGCUACGCCGAGUGUUCCGCGCAGAAGAUGGAAGUCUACGACAUCGACGUGGUGGGCAUCGUGCUGGGCGUCCUGGUUGUCCUGGUCGUCCUGCUCUGCGUCUCCGUCGGCGUCUGCUGCGCCUACAAGCAGGGCUACUUCAGCGUGGAGAAGACGACGGGGAACAACUACAAGGUUCCAGCCAAGGGGGACGGCCUGGACUACGUCAGGACGGACGAUGAGGGGGAUUUCCGACACAAGUCAUCGUUUGUGAUCUGACCGGGUCGGAGGGCGACGGGGAGCUGACGGAGGACGAGACCCGCGGGUUCGACCGGAACCGUUGGAACUGUCAGAAUCCGUCGGAACAGUUGGAAUCCGUCAGAAUCCGUCGGAGCCGCCGGUUUCUGCUCGGAGCUCGACUCAAAUCCAGCAACUGAAACUCAGCUCGACUGAAAUCCAACUACUCAGAUUUGCCAAAGGUGACCGGAGCUUGAAGGAGGAUCAGGGGUCAAAGGUCAGGGGUCAAAUGUCACGGUUGGGGUCAAAGGUCAGAACAACAGUAUGUAAAAUAAGACUAAUUUGCUCAAAGGGACUGAAGACCAUUUCACUUUUCACUCCGGAUCAGAUUAUUUGCUAAAUUAUGGUUUUUCCGUCACCGUUUUUUCUUUACUUUACCAGUUUUUGCAUGUUUUUAAAAGCCCUCGCUGAAGCGGAACAGGAAACUCUGCUCCUCCGGGGACGAAGGACGACGUUUCCUACGACGUUUCCUACGACGUUUCCUACGACGUUUCCUACGACGUUUCCUCCUCUUCAUCACCAUCACCACUUUCUUCUGUCAAAGCAUUUGUUUUUUCUUUUUCAUUUGUAUAAGUUUUUUUUUUCUACUGUUGAGAUUUUGCCAGACUAUUUUUGAUGGAAUAUGUUUUAAAAUGCCUAGAGAUAAAUGUUUACUUUUUUAAACAUUUGUAAAAUACUAACUUUUGUAGAGUAACAGAUGAACCAAGCUAACCGCGUUAGCGUUGUUGUUGUAGUUGGCACCGACUCGUCCGCUGAACGAUGGCGAACUCGGACUUUAGUCGGAAAUCAUUUACAUAUUGUUGCCCCAAUGGUUUUAACCCCAAUAUUGUUACCGCCGAGUCUCAUGCUUUUCUUGCUAAAUCUACGCUAGUAGACUACUACCGCAACUACCACUGUUAUGGUAGUUUUUCAGUGAUAAAUACAGCGAUUGUUCAGUAUUCAACUAAAACCAGAGGAAAGACGACAGGAAGACGAGGUACGUUAAUAUUUACAAGGGAAAACUCUUUAUGUUAAUAAUGUAACAGCUGAACGGAGUUAUAAUAGUUACAGUUAAAGGUACCUGUUCUCCGUUCAGUCCGUUAGUCCCGGUCCUUUCAGUCCCGGUUCGUUAGUCCCGGUUCGUCUCCAGCGGAUCUCAGUGCCAACUGCAACACAAUUGUGAUGUAAUAAGGACUUUGGUUUGGAAAUGAAUGUUUUUGUUGUUGUUUUUUCUGCAACCACGCCGAACGGUACCACCCUAUGGUACCACCAGCGGUACUGGUCCGGUACUACCCUACGGUACUACCCGGUACUACCCGGUACCACCAGCGGUACUGCCCUACGGUACCGGUACCAGUAGGGGUCAGUGGUCGUGACUGUAAAUAGAUUGUGUUUGUUUUAACUCCAGAUCAUGUAAAGUGACAGAUGGAACCAGAAUCGAGGCUGAUAUGAAACUCUGUCCACGUGAGAGACUGAGGCAGGUAACAUUCCAGAACCGGGUCUGACCCGGGUCAGAACCGGGUCUGACCCAGGUCAGAACCACCCGGGUCCGGUUUGGAAUGUUACCUGGUUCUGGUCGUGGAAGAGACGACAUGCCUCACGUUUGCUCAUCAUAUCCUGGUGGAGGUUCCUGGAGCAGGGUACCAGGGUACCAGGGUA